ACGGAUCCCACUUCCACUCUCAUCCUCCCAGCGUCAUCCUCCCUCCUCUCUCUCAUUGCAGGAGAGGACAAGAUCUCUGUCACAACAGGGCUAAUCAGCGACCGACAAGCCCUUGGCAAAGUCACAUUAGUUGCAUCUUUUCUCCUCCUCUGUUACAGUUUACUGCGUAAUGGAUCAUUUAUCUCCCCGCACUGUCGAUGGAACUUGGGAGCCUUGAGUUGCUCCAACCAGGCUAGAGUGGUCUGUCCUUUGGUGUGUGCCAUCUCCCCCCACCAUGCAGAAUAAUGAGCCCUCCACACCAUGAGUCCUUUGGGCCAGGUUAGUGUGCAGCCUACCUGGAACACAGCCCUGCUCGCCGUGCUCUCCCUCAUGGUGCCUGCUCUCAGUAUGUGCCAGUCCACAGGCCCUGAGUCGGGCUCAAAUAGUCCACAGAACUGUCCGGGUGUGUGUUCCUGCACUAACCAGCUCGGCAAAGUGGUGUGUACACGCAGAGGCCUGGUCAGGGUUCCUCCGAACAUCCCGGCCAACACCAGAUACCUGAACCUGAUGGAAAACAGCAUAGAGACUAUUCAGGCAGAUACCUUCAGACACCUGCAUCAUCUCGAGGUGCUCCAGUUGGGCAGGAAUGCUAUCAGGCAAAUUGAAGUGGGUGCCUUUAAUGGGCUAACCAGUCUCAAUACCUUGGAGCUGUUUGACAACAGACUGACAGUAAUUCCCAGCGGGGCGUUUGAAUAUCUAUCAAAGUUGAGAGAAUUGUGGCUCAGAAACAAUCCAAUUGAGAGCAUUCCCUCAUACGCCUUUAACCGUGUCCCCUCACUCAUGAGACUGGACCUGGGAGAGCUGAGGAAGUUGGAAUACAUCUCAGAUGGAGCAUUUGAGGGCCUCCAUAAUCUGAAGUAUCUGAAUUUGGGAAUGUGCAAUUUGAGAGAGUUUCCUCAUCUUUCACCUCUACUUGGAUUGGAAGAACUGGAGAUCUCAGAGAAUGUUUUUCCAGAACUUAAACCCUGGGCUUUUCGGGGACUAAAAAAUCUACGUAAACUGUGGAUUAUGAAUUCUGCCAUUACAACCAUUGAGAGGAAUGCAUUUGAUGAUAUCACAGCUUUGGUGGAGCUCAACCUAGCCCAUAAUAAUCUAUCAUCCCUUCCCCAUAAUCUCUUCACGCCUCUACAGUACCUGGUGGAGCUACAUCUACACCACAACCCUUGGCGCUGUGAUUGUGAUGUUGUUUGGCUUUCCUGGUGGCUCAGAGAAUACAUUCCCACAAAUUCCACAUGCUGUGGACGUUGCCACACCCCAACCAACAUUAGAGGAAAAUACUUGGUGGAGAUUGAUCAGACAACCUUUCAAUGUUCUGCACCAUACAUACUUGAUGCACCAAGAGAUCUUAACAUUUCAGCCGCAAGGGUCGCAGAACUGAAGUGCCGCACCGCUGCCAUGAGCUCAGUUCGAUGGCUUCUCCCCAACGGGACUGUGUUGACCCAUGGCACAGCUCACCCAAGGAUAUCUGUUCUUAAUGAUGGAACUCUCAACUUCUCAAAUGUCCUCCCAUCAGACACGGGGGUCUACACAUGCAUGGUAAGCAACAUGGCAGGAAAUUCUAAUGCCUCAGCCUACCUGAAUGUUAGCAAUGCCGAACUCAACACCUCUAAUCUGUCCUACUUUACCACUGUCACAGUGGUAGUGUUUGAGCCCACAGUGGAGGAGACCCCUAAACCCAGGCCUACUGUCCCUGCUUCGCCCUCUGUCUUUAAACCUGUCUUCAUCUCCACACCUACUGUGUUGUUCCAAAAUACUCAGACUCCAAGGGAGGUGUCAGUUCCAACUGCCAGAGUCACUAGUGGACCAGCCGCUAGCCUGGAUGAGGAGAUGAAAACCACCAAAAUCAUCAUUGGCUGUUUCGUAGCUGUUACUUUAAUGGCAGCAGCCAUGUUGAUAGCUUUCUAUAAACUGCGUAAGAGGCAUCAACAGAGGAGUACAGUGGCAGUAAGUGGGACACCAGAAUUUUUUCAGAUGGAGGCACAGGUUCCUCCAGUUCCACCCCUGACAUCCGGAUCUAGUGGCUCAGACGACACAGGGUUGGUACUUCCAACUUUAGUGGAACACAACAGCAACACGUUUAAGCCUGGAUGUGUGUCCUCUUCCUCAUCAUCCAGACAAGGAGUCUAUGGAGCCCACUGGACCCAGGGCAACUCUCUCUCUCGCUCAGUCGGACAACGUCACAGCCACAUAAGCACCAUAGCUGAUCCCUAUUUCAUAAAGACUACACAUGGCAAGGAAAAGGUUCAGGAGACCCAAAUCUGAGUGAUGCUCCCAAUGGAUCUUUUUUUUGACUCUGCCUAAACCUUUCCUCCUUUAUGCUCUCAGCAGUCCAUGCAAUAGAAUGCACAAAAAGCAAAAUGGUAAUUCUUUUUGUACAAAAGUACAAAACAGACUUUUUUCUUGUACAUGCUGAUAUAUAAGUAUAUAAAUAAAUCUAGAAAAUGUGAU